AUGACACGACCGUAUCUUUUACUCGGUUUGCUUGCUGCUCUCUGUCACCAGGUUUGUGGGGUGGCAUUCAAUGAUAGAAUCAAGCAAGAUGUUGGUGGUGUAUCUCUUGCAUUACUCCAUGAUGUUGGGGAUCCAACGUCGGUGAAGUUUGGCGUCCCGCCCGAUUUCGACAGUCAAGCCUGGCAGUUUAACACUGAGGGCUUUAAUGAUGAUGAAGCUGUCAUCACGCCCCUCAAUUCUUCCAAAACCCUCGUAUGCGAGAUGGAUAGUAAAUGCAGGCUGGAUCUUGGAGAAUCAAAACAAGCCUAUCGGGUCACUAGAGCCAAUGGAAAGGGAGCGCUUUUCACGUUUCAAGACCUUUCUACUUCGCUCUAUGUAUCUCGAACUUCCGGCCAGUCCCUGGAGCUCACUGAUGUCAAUUCUGACUCCAUCUAUUUUCAAUUGGAGGCAAUCCGAGGUAAUGAAGGCUAG